AUGUUGAGCAGCGCCGACAUCGAGGCAGUGAGGAUAUGGGCAGGCUGUGCCGUCCCCGGCAUACUAGACAAAGUGGCGCUUAUUUGUGGCAUGAUUGUCAUUGUGCUCGCAUGGGUGCAUGGGGCCAUGCAAUUCAUAAUGUAUUGGCCGACCUUCGCAAGACGUGUGGAGGGAGCGGGAGCAGUGAAGGGCUGGAAGGAGGCGGUGGAGGUGGUUGAGGAGAGAGGUGAAGAGAGUGGAGGUGAGCUACCUGUAAUAAGUUAAUC